CUAAAUGACUAGUUUUGUGUACACUUAACCUACACAAGGCCUACAUUGACUAUCGACUGUGUGUAGGUAAAACAUGAUUUAAACUACAUGUAAACAUUGAGUUUUAUCAAUGGGAACGCAAUUGUGUUUAGUUUACGUGUGAGUUACACUAACACAACACCGAAUUUAGGUCAAUGUGAACACGGCCUUAGAUGAUCACUUAACUACCUUUAUACUUUUAUAAUACGACUUUAUAAAUUCAUCUAUAUAAGUGAAAGCUAUUUCCAGAUUCACGCUUCCCUAGUUUCAAAUUAUGUGUGUACGGUUACAUACACAUUUGAAUAUAUUACACAAAAAUGAUAACAUACAUCGAUACGGAAUACAAAAUUUAAAUGGAGGAUAGAAUUCGAAGUUUCGUAAAUUAGUAUAACUUCUGAGUAUAAACAUGGCUUCAAACAUUCCUUUAUGUGGGCCAUGCGAAAGAGAAAAUGAACAUCACCAAGCUUCAUCAUGGUGCAGUACAUGUGGAGAGGGGUUGUGUAAAAAUUGUUCAAAAGAGCAUAAGAAAAACCGUGCAAGCUCAAAACACACGGUGGUAUUGCUAGGAAGUAUGAGCAGAUUGAGUGAAACGAUGAUUUUACAGUGGAACCGUUGUGAGGCGCAUUCUGAAAAAGAAAUAUCUCUAUUUUGCCGUAAUCACGAUCAGUUGUGCUGUACUCUUUGUAUCCCAGGCUUCCAUCGCAGGUGUGAUGAUGUUAUAUGCAUAGUUGAUGCCUCAAAACAUUGCAGACGAGGUUUUGCUCUCUCGGAUUUGCAAACGCGAAUAAAAAAUCUGAGCCAUAUUUAUGAAUCAAUUUUGAAAAAAAAGAAUGACAACAUCAUUGCACUUGAAAAUGAACCAGUUCUCAUUGGACAACAUAUCCCAGAAAAUAAUGUAACGGCCUAUUUGAAGAAAAACAAAAAACUUAGGGAAGAUUUUUCGGUUAAAAGGGAUAUUCUUACUCAAAAAAUCAUAGAAGAGAGUGAUGAAAUAUUGAAAAAGAAGACACGUUUAGAUAGCUUUUAUAUGGAUUUACAAACACUCGGAAAAGAGGAUUCAGAAGCAGAUCAGCAACUAUUUGUCGCUGUUAAAAGGUUUGACAUAGCUCUGCAUAAGCUGGAGCAAGACACGCAAGAAGGCCACCUAACAAAGAUGUAUUCAAUUUUACAAGCUCGACCAACAACUGAUAUAUCAAGCAUACUUGCAACACCGCAAAUCAUGGACCAUAAUAUGGCUGAUAUACCAGAACUUUCAAAGCUCAUUCAAUGCCAAUCAUUAUCGAUUGGAUCAGGGAAUUUAAAGCUAAUAAAAACUAUUGACUUAAAAAACUUGGUUGAUUUUGAUAGUCCGUGGGUAUGGAAAGUUUGUGUGUUCCCUUCUUUUAAGAAAGUUGCAUUAUCAGAUACCAAGCAGAAGUGUAUUUACAUUUACGACUGCGAGAGGGGGACGAUAGACACAAUGAGAUUUGGUGAUAACUUUGAGCCGUAUUACAUAACUACAUUUGAUACCAAUCAUGCUCUAGUUGCUGCAGUUAAUGGUCAGCUUUUAAAAAUCAACAUUUUAGAUUUAUCCGUCGAUGAAGAUAUAAAAAUAUGUUCAGAAACCCAGUUCCCGAUGCUAUGUGUCGGAGAUUAUUUACUAAUUUGUGAAAAUCAGCACAUUAUUAUAGUAACAAAGCAUGGUCUGAUCAUUAGGAAAAUACAUUUGGAUGAUGCAGUAGGUUAUAUGUGUUCUUAUGGGGAUAAUAGAUUUAUUUAUACUUCAUUUUACUCUCACAUUGAAUGUAUGACUCUCGAAGGCAAUUCGUUAUUCAAGGUCACUCGAUCAGAUUUAAACAAUCACUUUAGAGAUAAAUCUCGUUAUGAACCAAUGGGUGUUUCUGUUGAUAAGAAUAACUUCAUUUACGUUGUUUUGUUUGAAAAACACAUCCUUCGGUUGACUCCAGAGGGAAAAAUUGACAAGUUUGUUCUUGAUCUAGAGUUCCCGGGGUAUGGAAUGGCAUACAAUAGUGCAACUGAUGAACUGGUUCUUAUUCAUAAUUGGGACACAUUUGAAUUUUACAAAAUCGAAUGAGAUCAAUUCAUUACAUCAAUUCACACGUUCUAUCAUUGCAAUUCGCAAACUCGAAUUUCAGACUACUAUCGGGAGGCAUUUUAGAAUGAAAUAGAAAAUGUUUGACUGCACAAGCUUCAAAUGACGACGUCACAAUAAUGCUUAGAAAAACAAUUAUUAAUGUAAAAUACAAAUGUGCCUGGAAUGGUGUGAUUUUUAAUCCACAACAUUGUCCCAUAUAGGAUAUGAUGUUUAUAUAUAAUACCGUCUAAUAUCUUUGUUAUUAUUUAAGAAGUAUGGAUAGACUUACACAAAAAAAACAUUCCAUUUUGUAAUGCAAAAAAAUAAAUUAAAAAAAAUGGUGCAUAUCGGUUUUUGCUAAGUUGUGCAAAUUCAAUUAUUUUAUAUUUUCGAUAUAUCUUAUGUGCAUUUCAGAUAUAUUUCCUUUAAUUAUUCUUCAUUUUAGAUUUAUUUUAAACCUUCUUUGUUAUGCUAAUAAUGAACGUUACGCAAAAUGGACACUGAGUGAUUAAAUUCACUGAUUCUAAGCGAGUACUAAUCAGGAAAAAUUAGUGUAUUACUCAUCUAGAGUUCCCGGGAUAUGGAAUGGCAUAUAAUAGUGCAACUGAUGAACUGGUUCUCAUUUAUAAUUGGGAAACAAUUGAAUUUUACAAAAUCGAAUGAGAUCAAUUCAUUACAUCAACUCACACGUUCUAUCAUUGCAAUUCGCAAACUCGAAUUUCAGACUACUAUCGGGAGGCAUUUCAGAAUGAAAUAGAAAAUGUUUGACUGCACAAGCUUCAAAUGACGACGUCACAAUAAUGCUUAGAAAAACAAUUAUUAAUGUAAAAUACAAAUGUGCCUGGAAUGGUGUGAUGUUUAAUCCACAACAUUGUCCCAUAUAGGAUAUGAGGUUUAUACAUAAUACCGUCUAAUAUCUUUGUUAUUAUUUUAGUAGUAUGGAUAG